UAUCAAAACAAUAUAAAUAAAUGGAGCAAGUUAUUAAUAAAGUGGCACCUUCCCCCUCCCACUACAGUUGAAUCAGAUGCUGUUUCAACUCUCAAACCCUAAACCUCCAUAAAAUACUUCGAUAUUUUUAAUCACAAUUUACAUUCAUUUUUUAUAUAAAGACAACACAGAAAUUACUUUCAGUCUCAAAUGGCGUCGUCUGAAAUCGAAAUCGAAAUCGUUUCGGGUUCCAAUGAACAGAAGCCUGCCAAUGGAAACCCUAACGAACUCCAUAUCGUCGACGUUUACUCGGCCGCAGCCUAUGGAGACUUCGAGAAGCUGCGGAACUUCGUCGAAAACGACGGCUUUGCUGUCUCCCAUCCCGACGGCAACGGCUACUACCCCCUCCAGUGGGCCGCCCUCAACAACUUUGCCGACAUUUGUCAAUAUAUUAUUGAAAGAGGUGGAGAAGUGAACGCAAAGGAUAAUACGGGACAGACGGCACUGCAUUGGGCUGCAGUUCGAGGAUCGAUUGCAGCUGCAGAUGUCUUGCUGCAGAAUGGGGCGCGAGUUGAGGCUGAUGAUUUGAAUGGUUAUCGGGCAGUUCAUGUUGCUGCUCAGUAUGGCCAAACAGCAUUUCUCAAUUAUAUCGUAGCUAAGUAUCACGCGGAUUUUGAUGCACCAGACAGUCAUGGAAGGAGCGCAUUACACUGGGCUGCCGUUAAAGGGUUUGCUGAUACUAUUAGAUUGCUUUUGUUUAGAGAUGCUUCCCAAGGAAGACAGGAUAAAGAAGGCUGUACACCUCUGCAUUGGGCUGCAUUGAGAGGAAAUGUUGAGGCAUGCAGUGUGCUUGCACAUGCAGGUUCUAAGGAGGAGUUAAUGGUAAAAGAUAAGGCGGGGAAAACUCCUGUGGAGCUUGCUUCUGAUAAAGGUCAUCGGCAUAUCGCUCUUUUCCUUUCAAAUGCAUUGAGGGCAAGAAGCAAGGAUUGGAAACACAGGAUAUGCUCUACGCAAGAUGGAAAAGUUGGUUAUGCCCCAGUUCUUUUCUCAUUAGUGGUUGUUAAUGUGAUACUGUUCAUUACCUGUGUCCUUUUUGCUCCUAAUCUAACAAAAGUUACUGCAAUUGUUGGACUUUGGGGAUGGACGGGUGUGUCUUUUGCUGUUGGCUCUUUAAUCAUGUUCGCUCGGUGCAGUAGUAAAGAUCCAGGUUAUAUAAAAGUUGGAACUGCUAGCCAUUCUGAUGCUGAGGAUCCUUUAUUGAGCAUUGAUUUGAAUAGUAAUUGGAAUGGAAAUUGGUCCCAACUCUGCCCUACCUGCAAGAUAAUAAGACCGGUGCGCUCUAAGCAUUGUGCCAUAUGUAGACGCUGUGUGGAGCAGUUUGACCACCACUGCCCUUGGAUCUCGAAUUGUGUGGGGAAGAGGAACAAGCGGGACUUUGUUGUUUUUCUUUGCUUUGGAACUAUAACAGCAACAAUUGGUGCAGCAGUUGCUUUACAAAGAAUUUGGACAUCUGUACUACCCGUGCCAACUGGUGAAUCCUGGACCCAUUUCGUGUUAUUUAAUUAUCCCGGUCUCAUUGCUUUCCUGGUUAUGGACGCUGCUAUCUUUAUUGCUUCGGCAACUUUAUUGUCAAUGCAGGCUACCCAGAUUGCUCGAAAUAUCACCACAAACGAAGUGGCGAAUGCAAUACGUUAUGGGUAUCUUCGAGGGCCAGAUGGACGCUUCCGGAAUCCUUAUAAUCAUGGGUGUUGGAAGAAUUGCUCGGAUUUCGUAGUACAUGGCUACACAGACGACGACGAGAUUGCUUGGCCUCCUUUGCAGCGGGUGGCCAGAUAGUAUAUAUGAUACAGAAGCCCCUGGAUUCAGGAUUGUUGUUACAUAAUAGACUAAUGUAACUGGUUGUUAAUAUCCUCUCUUGUAUAACGCAAUACUACAGAUGAAAAAAACAAAAAAAAAACUAGUUGAUGUGAAUACAAAUGACUAAAUGAGUUUCUCAACUAAUUAUAAUGAUUGUUCUAGGAGUUGGAAGAUCUCUAUAUUGUAAUAUCCAUCAAUGAUGAUUUGGACAAGGAUAUGUGUAUUGGUAUUGUGUUAGCAACACAUAAAAUUCUUCCUCAAUUUCUGUUCCUUCAAAAUUAAAAUUUUACCAGUAUUUUUAAAGAGAAUGAAACACAGAUACGGCUUUUGAACUUUAUUUGGGUCUUCAAACUUGGUAUCAUGUCUAAUUGAAUUCUUCAACUCUUGUUUCGUUCGAUUAGAUCAUUGAAUUUUGCAUCAAGCUAUCAUUGAGUUUAGUCAUAUCGAAAUCGAAAUAUGAAACGUUCUACAUGUCCGCAAAAGAUUGCCAAAUCAAAUUUCUAAUUCAUCUAAAAAAUUCAGCCUAGAUUUGCUAAUAACUCUGCAAAAUUAAUUCACUAGAAAACCAAGUCUGAUUCUUCAGAGCUUCCUCUCUCUCUCUCUCUCUCUCUCUUUUUUUUUUUUUUGAGCAAAGAGCUUUCUCAUCCUUCCCAAAUGUUGCAACUUGUACUGCAGCUGCUACGUUUUCAUCAAUGUAUGUUUUCUCACAAAUCCUUUCCAGACAGCCUUCUCGCAGAUGGAUUCCACCACUUCUCACUCAUCAAUGUAAAACCCAUUUUUCCACUGAGGCUUCGGUUGUAAAUAAUCUCGCCCACAACGACUUAUCUUCACAAAGUUUCUCUGGAAUCGCAAAAUCUGUGAUAUCAAAGUGUUCAGACGUUAGGGCUUCAAAUAAAGGACGAAGUAUGAGAAUGCCAUUGAACUGAAAAAUAUGUGCUUGAGGAAUCAGUCUUCUGCGCAACUUCCUUUCCACUCUGCUCUCAUGAAUGGGCUCUGCAAGUCGGGAAGGUUUGGAGAAGCAGCUCGUCUAUUCACAGAAGUACUAGGAAAGGGCUUAGUUCCAGAUGCUGAGAUGUAUAACUCUUUGAUUGCAGGCUAUUGUGAAGGAAAUAACUUGAAGAAAGUUAGAGAGACACUCGGGGUUAUGAUAAGAAAGGACUUGAGUAUCUCUACUUGUAGUUACAGCAACAUGGUACGCCUCACAUGCAGAAACGGAAUGUUCUCGCUUGCACUAAGUUUGAAAGAGCUUAUGCUUCGAGUAACUCACAUCCCAGAGCUCGUGCUAUAUAAUAUUCUGAUAUUUCACAUUUCAUCGAAGCAGAAGAAACUGGAUACCGUGAUUGGUGCUCUUCAAAACAAAGGACUACAGUUUGAUGAUGUUACUUUCAAUUUUGUCAUUCGAGGACUCCUGCUGUGUAAAAAUGUAUCAGAUUCUCUUCACUACCUGACAGCUAUGACGAGGAAAGAUCUGAAGCCAAGUAAUCGUACACUACGAGGAGUUAUCAGUUCCCUCUGCCACGAUGGAGAGCUUGAGGUAGCCUUGAAUUUGAGUCGAGAAAUGGAAUUAAGAGGUUGGAUUCAUGGUUCGGUGAUUCAGAAUGACAUUGUUGAGGAGCUUCUCGGUAAGGGUAGAAUCCAUGAAGCAGUAGGGUUUCUUGACAGAAUGGCGUUAAAAGAUCUGAUACCAAACCACAUCAAGUAUGAUCAUUUGAUCAAACAAUUUUCUCAGCACGGUCGUCUGGAUAAAGCAGUUGAUCUUUUGAACAUCAUGUUGCAGAAAGGAAGCCCUCCGGAGGGCAGCAGCUACGACUGUGUGAUUCAAGGUUUGUGCAAUGGCCAGAAGUUGGAUGAAGCUCUGGAUUUUCAUAAGGAGAUGUUGUAUAGGAAGUUGAAACCGAGUAUGAUUACUUGGGACACUCUUAUUCGUAGAGUGAGUGCAGGUGGUCGAGUAGAAGAAGCAGAUGAUCUGCUUAAAUCCAUGAUCCGGUUAGGUGAAACUCCAUACCGUGAGACAUUCAACUGCGUGAUUGAUAGAUACCGGUCAGAAAAGAACAUUAGCAAGACGUCGGAGCUCUUGAGUGUUAUGCAGCAGAAGGGUUAUGAGCCAGACUUCGACACACAUUGGUCUCUGAUAAGCAACUUGAGCCAUUCCACUAAGAAAGAUGAUAGCAGUUUCCUGUCGAGUCUUCUCUCUGGUUUCGCCUUUAAGGGGAAGAACAACUCCACAAUUGGUUGAUGUACAGUUAUCAUAUCAUAUCCCUGUAAAUUUAAUGUUCAAUUUUGCAUGUAUCCAGGUCUAUAAUUGUCAGGCCAAAUGCCAUAAAGUGUUAUGCAAUAAAUUUAUUUUUUCUGUGUCCUUCA